AUGGCACUCACUCACAAGCUCAAGAACACCAAACAGCAGGUCAAACAUGCUGUUGAAGUGGGCAACAUUCCCAGUGUGGACAACCUACAUGACAUCAUCCACUACUGUUGGGAAAACAACAAGCAUGAAGAUAAUGAUUACAUUCACAUUAUUAAUGAUGACACUGCUAGAGAGGCACUCCAUGGCUUAAUUGUUAAGCAUUUCAACAAGACCAACACAGACAAAGGUGGAGAACAUGAUAAUGACAAGCCACCAAUGGUUGGUGGCUUCAAAGCUCAGCUAUUUAAACAAGGAGGACAAGCAGUGCAUGGUGUACCCACUGUUGAAAUUAAAGAUCCUAUUGCUGGUUUCUAUACUAGGGAUCUGGUAGAGAAAUGA